AUGGUUUUCUCACAGAUAGAAUUUAUUUCAGGAGGUAGUUUAGACUGCUCUGGUGGCCAUAGAUACAGUGCCAGGGGAACAGCUUAUUACCCAGCUAAUAAUGCAUUAGAGGGUGGAUUCGUUGAUAUGAGAGGACAUAAUCUCCGAACCCUACAGGAUUACUUAGACGGAAAAGCUAGUUAUGUAAGUGUUGCCAUGGACAACAGAGCCGGUAUACCUUACGGUACUGCCAUCUGUAUCCCUGAAAUGAACCACAAACAUGGCCGAAAUAUCGUUUUCAAGGUUGUUGAUACCGGAAGCGCUUUCUUUGGCAAAGGUCACAGUCGAAUUGAUAUUUGUGUUCGAUCACAAUCGCUUUCUUACGAUUCUACUAUUAAUAAUCAUUUAACUCUUGUGUUUCCUUAA